GCGCCCACGCGGCUCGCCGGGAGCGGCGGAAGCGCGGGUGGCACCGUGAGCCGGCCUCCGGGUGUGCGGUCACACCCCCUGGCCCGCCUCCUUCCGUGCUGCGCCCCGGGACUCCCAGACUUGUGCUCCCCAUCCGGGCGCUGGCACCCCAAGAAUCGGGCCCCCAGCGCGUUGAGGAUGAAGGACCGCUCACGCUCAGGCCCUGGAUUUUUCCCCUCCUCAGUCAUCAUUCAUCACAGCGCAGUUUUUCCCAAACUCGAGGACUGUCAUCCCUAUACUUGACCUUUCGGAGACCCACAGCCUUUGCUGUGGCACUCCCCGUAAGCCGAGCCAAGUGUCCCUCACCACUCUUUGACUCCUCAUCGUCCCAAUCUCCAGAUUUCCCCCCGAGGGUCUCUUGCCUCCCUCCUCUCAAGCCCCACACUUCGAGGGCUCUGGAAGGCCUUCUCCUUACCCCCUGAGUUCCUCCUGUUCUUGGUGACUGAACCCUGACUUACUCCUGUUUCUAGCUCUCUGGCCUCUACUUGCUGGGUCCCUUAUUCUAAGGUGGGGACCAGGAGCCCGAGAAACUGGUCUGGGUGUGCUUUGGCUCCAGCUUCUUUAUGUCCUACACUUGACCCAGAGUUGCUGAGAACAGCGUAAGCAACGCCACGGCAGGGGUCACUUCUGGGCCGAAGCGUCCCAACUUGGUCUGCACUUGACCUAAGACUGGUGGAACACAUGAUUGAGAAGAACCAGUGUCUCUUCACCAACACCCAGUGUAAGGUUUGCUGCGCCUUGCUUAUUUCUGAGUCCCAGAAGCUGGCACAUUACCAGAGCAAAAAACAUGCCAACAAAGUGAAGAGAUACCUAGCAGUCCAUGGAAUGGAGACAUUAAAGGGGGAAACGAAGAAGCUAGACUCAGAUCAGAAGAGCAGCAGAAGCAAAGACAAGAACCAGUGCUGCCCCAUCUGUAACAUGACCUUUUCCUCCCCUGUCGUGGCCCAGUCGCACUACCUGGGGAAGACCCAUGCAAAGAACUUAAAGCUGAAGCAGCAAUCCACUAAGAUGGAAGCUCUGUCGAAACGCCUUACAAAUCCUUUCCUUAUGGCCUCCACCUUAGCCUUGCACCAGAAUAGAGAGCUGAUAGACCCAGACAAGUUCUGCAGCCUCUGCCAUGCGACUUUCAACAACCCUGUCAUGGCUCAACAACAUUAUGUGGGCAAGAAACACAGAAAACAGGAGACCAAGCUCAAACUAAUGGCGCGCUAUGGGCGGAUGGCGGACCCUGCUGUCACUGACUUUCCAGCUGGAAAGGGCUACCCCUGCAAAACGUGUAAGAUAGUGCUGAACUCCAUAGAACAGUACCAAGCUCAUGUCAGUGGCUUCAAACACAAGAACCAGCUGUACAUCCAGCAGAUUUUCUCAGGUUACCAAAAACAGUGGCAUCAUCCCUGGGCCAGAUUCCAAUGCAAAGGCAACCCAUUCAGAAAGACUCAACCACCUUGGAAGACUAGAGGUGUUUCUGCCCAGUGUCCCAUGUUGGGCCAGCCAUGAGCCAGCUUCCUGUGACUACUCAGCCCUUGGCUCCCUCUCACUCCUUGUUCUCACCAGGAAAAUACACAGGCCUGAGGCAGGAUUGGGCCACAAACAACCUCUGAUUGGUCCAGGCUAAUUCACUCCUGUUGCUCCCCUUUGGCAGGGGUCCUGUAGGUCAUGAUAGGGGAGUCAGGGGUAUUGAGAAACUUGUGGUCUCACCGGGUGGUAGUUUGGAGGAUGGCUUUCCCUCUUCCCCAACCCCUCUGGGCCAUAGGUGCUGAGGCCCUAGCCACCUGUCUUUCCUCUGAAGGUCAGUUUUGGGCCAGUUCCUGCAACUAAAGAACAGAGAUCUCCCUGGGCCCUAGACAUUUCCAGUGAAACCUGGAACUUUUAUACCAAACCUGGGCCAGGGCAGGAAACAGAGGAAAUCACUUCUACAUGGGAGCUUGGAGCUAAUACAACACUCCGCCUUCCCCCACAAAGUGAAGGCUUUCCUGAGCCUUAGACAAGAUAUGGCCAGUUGUGCAGGUUUCUGCCAACUGUAAAGUGUCCUCCUGGAGCAAUGACACAGUCUUGGUGGAGCAUUGCUACUCCUCCUGCCCUGCUCCACAGUUCCUGAAUGGUGCUAAGGAUCUAUAGCACCUGGCAACAAGCUGGGGCUGGGGGAGGCCUCUAUGUCCACUGGGAUCAUGGGACACUCCAAUGGGGAUGGGACCUUUCCCCUCCUCCAUCAGAGGUGCUCUGACCCAACAUCACAUGGGAAAGCGACCCACAUGCAAGUCUCCCUGAGGGUUCUGCUCCUAAAGGCAAACUGCCUCAUGCCAGCCAGCCAUGAGGUUCAUUGCUACCCUUGGCCCUAUUAACCCUUUGUUUCCCCUUGUGCAGCAGACCACCUUGCCCAGGUUGCUGUGGUGCUAGCCUUCCCCAUCAUCCACCAGGUGAUUUUUGGUUUCCAGAGAAAGAAAUGGAGAGCUGAUGCAGGUUUCUACAGUGAGGAACAGAUAGAUGUUCCCCAGGCCCCACACCCAGAUUUAUCUAUCUUUGCUGUGUUUUAUGGCCUGGGACUGACUCCACAGAGAUAGAUUUUUCCUUGUAGCUUUGAAGCAAGAAUUCUGAGGAGUGUCACCAUCAGAGGCUUCUCUUCACUGUGUCAAAGAAGCCCCUAGCUGCUCUCGUGGCCUCCUUCCCCCACUCCCUAUCCCUUUACCUGUGAAAUGCCUUUGCUUUGCAUAUUGUGUGUGGAUGUGUGUGUGUGUGGAUGUGUGUGGAUGUGUGUGCUUAAUGCUCUGUCUCUUGAUCACUGAAGCGUCCAAAUAAAGAAUUACUCCCAUGAGUCAGACU